AUGGCAUCCAUAGUGGACGACGACGAUGAUCGCGACAUUGCCGGAUCACAAGAUGGAAGUUCCGAUAACGAAGACGAGCAGAUGAGAGAUGCCGACGACGGCGAUGGAGAUAAUGAACAAGACCAGGACGUUGAUCAAGAACCAGACCAGGAACAAGAACAAGACGCCGACAGCCCUUCCAACAAUAGCCAAACAUCAGACGGCCCUGGAGAGGCAUCUCAACGAGAUGCCGGCACAUCUGCGGCAACAGAUUACCUGGCCAUGUUCCGCCCGGGUGUACGACCAGAAUGUCUCACUGCGACAACAUACGAUAUACUCCCGACCACCGCCGCGCCUCAGAGCACAUCCAUAAACACGAUAACGGCUACCGCUGACAUGCGGUGGGUUUUCACUGGAGGAUCAGAUGGCUUUAUUAGGAAAUACAACUGGGCAGAUUCUAUAAAUGGAAAAUUGAUGUUGACGGUGGCCCAACGACAUCCCUUCGUGGAUAGUGUGGUCAAGGCUGGAGUGCUUAUGAAUUACUGGGAAAACAUGGACGGACCCCUCCUUUCUCCCGUCUAUUCGCUGGCAUCUCAAAGUGAAGGCCUCUGGUUGCUUUCCGGCCUGGAGUCCGGCAACAUUCGACUGCAGUCAGUGCGUCAUGAGGAGGGCAAGGAGAUAGCUCUGCUCAAGAAUCAUACUUCAGCCGUUUCAGUGCUGAAUAUAACGUCCGAUGAGCAGUCCCUCUUAUCUGGUAGCUGGGAUAAACAAGUCCUGGAAUGGGAUCUCAAUGUUGGAAAAGUGAAAAAUAGCUUCAAAUCUGGGGCAGGCCAAAUCUCGGCAAUAGAAAUUCGCCCAGAGUCAAGUCUUCCGGUUCCUCAAGAUACAUUGAUGACCCAACCCAGCGGAACAUUCUCUUCAAACAAUGAUCAAUCGGAUUCCUUUGCUACGGCGAAUGAUGCUGGUGCCCCGCAAAACACAGGCGAUGACCUCAAUCAUUCGGCAGAAUCUCCAUCCGAUUCACUAUUUGGUGGAACUGAUUCUCUCUUCGGGGAUGCCGAUGGCAAUAUUGCAGACGGUGGAGCACCCUCUGGUGAUGCCGGGAACGUCGAUGAGGACGCCCUGUUUGGAGGCUCCUUGGAGAUGGAUAUGCAACCUCUAGAACAGGAACCACAAGCAGAGCCAGGGGCCGGCACGCAGCCGAAUGGAAAUGAGGCUGCUCCACCACCAUCGACAGAGACUAACCCUGAACCUAGUUCCAGCUCUCUAAAGACAGAGUCACAACCAAUUAAGCAGCCAAUGCCUGCCAUGGAACCGGUCGUCAACGGCCUCCCUCAUGCAGAAAACCUCGAGUUUUCUACAAUCAAACAAGAACAUCAGACUUCGGAAAACGCAUCUCACAUAACCUCAGAUACCACAUUCCUUGCUGCUUCAAUCGAUGGACCAAUUUGCAUUUGGGACAGACGACAACCGAACCCUGUCGCUCGCAUCACUCCCAGGAACGUGCCACCUUGGUGUAUGAACGCCUGUUGGUCCCCGGAUGGGAACUACAUCUACGCAGGGCGUCGCAAUGGCACAGUUGAAGAAUAUAGCCUCCACAAAGGCUUAAGGUCACCUGAGCGGGUCUUCAGAUUACCCAUAGUCGGCGGAGCAGUAACUGCGCUCAAGGCAAUGCCCAACGGGCGACAUCUUCUUUGUGGUUCCCAUGAUAUUCUUCGUUUGUACGACUUAAAGGAAGAGGCAACCAAACACUCUGCUGUUCCUUUCCUGCUUAUCCCUGGUCAUCGUACCGGCGUUAUUUCCCAGUUGUACGUUGACCCAACGUGCAGGUUUUUGCUCUCUGCAAGUGGAAACCGCGGCUGGGAGGGUAAUACUACCGAAGUUUUGUUGGGAUAUGAGAUCAAUGUGUGA